AAUUUACAAUAGUCAUUUUGUAAUUGGUCGUUCUUGUCUUCCCCAGCCAGACUCUCAAUAAUUUGUAAUAAAUAAAUUUAGUUUUUGGAUCAGAGUGAGGUUUCCAUUGGUAUCGAUUAUUAGAAACUAUCACUUAAUAAAUAACAACCUUGUAAUGAUAUCAUUACGUUUUUAUUAAUUAUCUUUGAAAAUAUAUUAGUUUGUAUUUUUAUGAAAUAAACAGAGAGAUAAUUACAAUUUGAAAAGUGUACGAAUUUUGAAAAUGUGGCAAAAUAUAUUACAAGAAAAGUAACCUGUAUUUUUUGGGUCCCAAAUCCUUAUCUCACAAUGGAUUGGAUUAUUUCGGACGAAUUGGGUCUCACUGUAGGCCAUUUGGUUGGCUGGGGAGCAGCUGGAGCAAUGAUUAUUGGUGGUGUGGCACCAUACAUCCCACAAUACAGACAAAUUAAAAGAACGCAAGAUGCUGAAGGCUUUUCGUUAUAUGUUUGUUUAGCACUCUUAAUAGCUAAUACAUUAAGAAUUUUGUUUUGGUUUGGUAAGCGUUAUGAAUUGCCAUUAUUGAUUCAAAGUAUUGUGAUGAAUAUCACUAUGUUUGUGAUGAUACAUCUAUGUGUAAAUGUACGUAAAAAGAAUCAGAUCAUUAGAGCAAGGGAGAGAAUUUUCACAGGUGCAAUAUUCAUGUUAUAUAUACUAUUGUGUUGUGUAAACGGCUCAGACCAGCCAGAUGACACGGCCCACUGGCUCGACCAGCGCAGUGGACUCUCCGGCACUGAGAAACCUCACCGCUUUUAUGACAUGGACAGGCGGUAUUUCUGGGCUUGGACGGACUUCCAAAGUUACCUGGAUUGUAUGCUCGUGUUCUCCGUGUUCGGGGCGGCCGUCACUUACCUGAUGAUCGAAUUCUCGCCAUUUGUAGAGCUCAUCGGCUUCAUGGCAGUCUUCACGGAAGCCAUGCUGGGGGCGCCACAGAUCGCAAAAAAUCUGCAAAAUAAAAGCACUGAAGGAAUGAGUCUCAGCAUGGUGAUCAUGUGGACAUGCGGUGACAUAUUCAAGACUGUAUACUUUGUUUUAAGAGAAGCGCCCACUCAGUUCUGGGUAUGCGGUGCACUUCAAGUCACUUUAGACGUUGUCAUUCUCUUUCAAGUGUGGUUGUACCGCCACAACACAGCAGCCGCGCGGCGCACGCGUCGCGGCGACUAGCACUGGAGAGAGACGGACUUAUAGCACGCGCCGUGUUCCACGCGCAUGACAUUUCUUCCACAACGCCUCCUAUUUUUAUGACGAACUACUUUUACACGCCUCGAUUUUUUACAAAUCCAGUUU